GGUUUGGUGGCAUGGCUCUGAGCCGUCCUCCUCAUCCUUCACGAGGGUGCCUCUGGCCCGGACGCUCAUUGGCUGAUUCUAGAAAAGCCUCAGAAAUCGUCUCGAAAUGCACGGUGGAGAACGCUCGUCGACCCGGGUUACUAAGACGGUUACAUGCACGGUGAAGAUUCUGUGGGAUCAUCAUCAAGACAGCAGAGCUCUCUUAGAAGUGUCUCAUUGUCAAAUCACGUACAACUGUACCCCCGUCUGCUCACCUCACUACGCGCUCGCUUGCUCACUCACACAUCGUGGCACACCCCAUAAUACUUUACCACCAAAGUCCAUCUUCGGAGCUUGAAGCCUGUUAUCAAAGCUGGACGCCCGGUUCGGAGCCUGAAGCCGGAUAUUGGAGGUUGAAGCUUCUUAUCAAAGCUUUAAGCCUGUAAUCAAAGCUUGAUGCCUGCUAUCAAAGCUUGGAGCUUGUUAUCGGAGCUUGAAACCAGAUACUGGAGCGUGAAGCCCACGCUCAGAGCGUGAACGAGACUGUGAAAAGCUUUCAAUAAGAUUUGUCGUUCCGACAAUGGCGGAAAAGUCUUCCCGACACAUUGGUCCCCUCUGGACGCGCGAGCCCUCUGCCAAUGCAAGUGCCUUUUGAGUUGACUCAGCAGCAGCUCUUUGAGACGACUCAACUUUCCCCAAGCUGCAGCCCUCUGCCAACACAAUUCCCACUUCUCGCGCCUCUAGCAGCUGCUCAGGAGGAUAGAGGCACAGCAGUAGGUGGGAGCAGGGAAUUGGGGUGGAGCAUGAAUGCUCACCGAGGGAACAGCAGGAGCAAAGGAAUGAGCAAGAGCUUGUGCAAGGGUUUGGGCAAGGGCAGUGACCAGGGUAUGAGCAGCCACUGUAAGGCUCAAUGCCUUGACGGGCCAAAUUGCACUAGCCAAG